AUGUGGGGCUAUCAUAGUCUUUGCAAAUGGCUUUGGACGUCCUUUGCAUUCUUGUUACUACUACUACCAAGCAUCGUCCUUCCACACGAGUUGGUAGUAGGACCACGACGAGUAGAUGAUGAUGAGGCAACAACCACAACAACAACAACAACGAACAACAACAAUGAUAAUAAUAAUAAUAAUAAUGAUAAUAAUAACGCAGAAUGUCAGGAUUGUCUCUUUCAGGAAAGAUAUCCUCUGAGUUGUCAAACCAUUCUGCAAGCGUCUUCCUUUGUGGGGUCUUGCUGUUCGCUAUUGGAUACUAGUACAGCGACGAGUAGUAGUACCAGUAAAGAAGAAUGCACUUUGCAAGUGUCAAAUGGAUGGUGUCAUGUCAACGGACCCUAUUGGUCAUUGACUCGGAACUCUACCAAAUCUGCCAAGGAUUGUCCACCAUCGGAUUACAAAGUUCCUUAUCAUCGGCAGCUGUUGAUGUUGUCGUUUUCAGAAGAUGAUGAUGAUGAUGAACAGGAAGAAGCUAACAAUAUCAAGGAUCCAUCAUCAUCAUCAUCAUCAUCAUCACCCUUCAUCGAGGUAUCCUUGUGGGACGAUCAUCAUCAUCAUAAGCAUCAUCAUCAAAUGCUACAAGAUGAUGACAAUAAUAAAAAUGACGACGACAACAAUACUGCUUCGUCGGAUCAGCAGCAAGACAAUUCGACCAACAUUGACUUUGCAAUGAGAAGGUCGGCCAGUGCCAUUAGUUUGCUCUUUUCCAUUGGGAUCGCCACCAAUUUUACCAGUCUACCACCAAUUCUGAAUAUGGAUGCCUCCAUAUGA